AUGGCUGCUCCGCGCGCCGCGCCCCCGCGCCGCCGGCCCCGGCUCCCGCUGCCGCUGCUGCCGCUGCUGCUGCCGCUGCUGCCGCUGCUGCCCGCGCCGAGCGACGGUCUUGGCCACUCUGCCGAACUGGCAUUUGCCGUGGAGCCAAGCGACGAUGUUGCAGUCCCUGGGCAGCCUUUAGUGCUGGGCUGCAGGGUGGAGGGGGCCCCUCCAGUGCGCAUCACAUGGAGAAGGAAUGGAGUGGAGCUGCUGGAGAGUACCCACUCCACCGUACUGGCCAAUGGGUCCUUGAUGAUCCGCCACUUCCUGCUGGAUGGAGGAGGCAGCACUUCAGACGAGGGGGACUAUGAGUGUGUGGCUCAGAACCGCUUUGGGCUGGUGGUCAGCCGGAAGGCUCGAAUCCAGGCUGCAACCAUGUCCGACUUCCAUGUGCAUCCUCAGGCCGCCGUGGGCGAGGAGGGCGGUGUGGCCCGCUUCCAGUGCCAAAUCCAUGGGCUUCCCAAACCCCUGAUCACCUGGGAGAAGAACAGAGUCCCCAUCGACACAGACGAUGAGAGGUACACACUGCUGCCCAAGGGGGUCCUGCAGAUCACAGGCCUCCGGGCUGAGGACAGCGGCAUCUUCCACUGUGUGGCCUCAAACAUCGCCAGUGUCCGGGUCAGCCACGGGGCCAGGCUCACUGUGUCAGGCUCAGGCUCCGGGGCCUACAAGGAGCCUACGAUCCUCGUGGGGCCUGAGAACCUCACCCUGACUGUGCACCAGACAGCCGUGCUCGAGUGUGUCGCCACGGGCAACCCGCGCCCCAUUGUGUCCUGGAGCCGCCUGGAUGGCCGUCCCAUUGGGGUGGAGGGCAUCCAGGUGCUGGGCACAGGGAACCUCAUCAUCUCAGACGUGACCGUCCAGCACGCGGGCGUCUACGUCUGUGCAGCCAACAGGCCCGGCACCCGAGUGAGGAGGACAGCACAGGGCCGGCUGGUGGUGCAAGCCCCAGCAGAGUUCGUCCAGCACCCCCAGUCCAUCUCCAGGCCAGCUGGGACCACAGCCAUGUUCACCUGCCAAGCCCAGGGUGAGCCGCCCCCUCACGUCACGUGGUUGAAGAAUGGCCAGGUGCUGGGGCCAGGAGGCCACGUCAGGCUCAGGAAUAACAACAGCACCCUGACCAUUUCUGGAAUCGGCCCUGAAGAUGAGGCCAUCUACCAGUGUGUGGCGGAGAACAGCGCUGGCUCCUCUCAGGCCAGCGCCAGGCUGACCGUGCUGUGGGCCGAGGGGCUGCCCGGGCCCCCCCUCAAUGUGCAGGCGGUCUCCGUGUCGUCCACCGAGGUCCGCGUGUCCUGGACUGAGCCCCUGGUCAACACCAAGGAGAUCAUCGGCUAUGUCCUGCACAUCAGGAAGGCUGCCGACCCCCCGGAACUGGAGUAUCAGGAAGCAGUCAGCAAGAGCACCUUUCAGCAUCUGGUGAGCGACCUGGAGCCGUCCACUGCCUACAGCUUCUACAUCAAAGCCUACACGCCCCGGGGGGCUAGCUCGGCCUCUGCUCCCACCCUGGCCAGCACUCUAGGCGAAGCCCCCGCCCCACCCCCACUGUCAGUGCGGGUCCUGGGCCACUCCACCCUGCAGCUGCUGUGGGAGCCCUGGCCCCGGCUGGCCCAGCACGAGGGUGGCUUCAAGCUGUUUUACCGCCCAGCAAGCAAGGCCUCCUUUACGGGCCCCAUCCUGCUGCCUGGAACUGUCUCCUCUUACAACCUCAGCCAGCUCGACCCUGCUGCAGUGUACGAGGUGAAGCUGCUCGCCUACAACCAGCACGGGGAUGGCAAUGCCACAGUCCGCUUCGUGUCUUUGAGGGGAGCAUCUGAGAGGACAGCCCUGAGCCCACCCUGCGACUGCCGGAAGGAGGAGGCCACCAACCAGACGUCCACCACAGGCAUCGUCAUCGGUAUCCACAUCGGGGUCACCUGCAUCAUCUUCUGUGUCCUCUUCCUCUUAUUCGGCCAAAGGGGCAGGGUCCUCUUGUGUAAGGAUGUAGAGAACCAGCUCUCCCCUCCUCAGGGCCCCCGGAGCCAGAGGGACCCUGGUGUCCUGGCACUGAAUGGGGCGGGACGGGGAGAACGGGGCCAGCUGGGCCGAGACGGGAAACGUGUGGACGUGAAGGAACUGGAGCAGCUAUUCCCCCGAGCGGGGGCCGUGGGGCAGCCCGACUCCAGACCUAACCCCAGACCCUCGGACCCCGAGGCCCCUGCCCUCUGUGAGGAGACCCAGCUCUCUGUGCUGCCGCUUCAGGGCUUUGGCCUCCUGGAGGAGAUGCCGUCGGAGGCCAAGGCCCCCUGCGGAGGCUCGCCCGCUGCCCUGCCACCCCAGGACGUAGGCCCUGGCCUCCCGAGUGAAGGACCAGCCGCCCAGCCAGCUCACUCGGGACAGUAG